AUGACACAACGCCAUCCGGAUGACCACAAUCAAAAAACGAAAAUGCUGACGUUCCCGGACGGCUUUGUCUGGGGCGCCGCCACCGCCGCGUACCAGGUCGAAGGCGCCGCUGACGAAGGCGGCCGCGGCCUCAGCAUCUGGGAUGCCUUCUCCAAGACGCCCGGCAAAACUCUCAACGGCGACACCGGCGACAAGGCGGUGGACCACUACCACCUCUACAAGGAAGACGUCCAGCUCAUGGCCAACAUGGGCCUGAAGCACUACCGCUUCUCCAUCUCGUGGCCGCGUAUCCUCCCGACGGGCCGCACGGACCAUAUCAACGAGGAAGGCAUUGCGUUCUACAGCAACCUCAUUGACGAGCUGUUGGCGCAUGGCAUCACUCCGAUCGUGACAUUGUACCACUGGGACCUCCCGCUGGCGCUGCAAACCGAGUUUGAUGGCUGGCUUGGCGGCCAAGUGGUGAUCGACGCAUUUGCCGCCUAUGCGCGCCUCUGCUUUGAGCGGUUUGGUGACCGCGUCAAGCAGUGGCUGACGCUCAACGAGCCGUGGUGCUCGGCGUUGCUCGGGCAUGGCACCGGCGACAUGGCGCCGGGCCGCAAGCACAAGUGCAAGACCGAGACGUACACGGCGGCGCAUCACCUGCUUCUGGCGCACGCGCACGCUGUGCACGUCUACCGCACGGUGUUUCAGGCAGCCCAGGGCGGGAAGAUCGGGCUCACACUCAACUGCGAAUGGCGCGAGCCAAAGCCAUCGGACGACGCGGCGACGUUUGCGCGCAACGCAGAGGCCGCCGAGCGUUCAGUGCUCUUUGAGCUUGGCUGGUUUGCAGACCCGAUCUUCUUUGGCGACUACCCGGCGACAAUGAAGACGCGCCUUGGCGACCGCCUCCCGCGCUUUACUCCUGCGCAAGUGGACCUGGUGCGCGGCAGCGUGGAUUUUUUCGGUAUCAACAGUUAUGCCUCCAAGUACGCCGAGCCAGGAGCAGGCUACGACACACUGCCGGGCUACGAUGGCUGCAUCUGGGACGACCAGGCCGUCGACGUUUCGUCCGACCCGAGCUGGUCCCAGACCGACAUUGGAUGGAACAUUGUGCCCUACGGCUUUCACAACCUUUUGCACUGGAUCCAGAAGCGGUAUGCACCGCCCGGCGGCAUUUACAUUUUUGAGAAUGGGUGCGCGGUCGCCGACAAGGACAAGGAGACAGCGACCGACGAUACGGCGCGCAUCGCGUACUACAAAGCGUACCUGGCCCAGGUGCACCGCGCCAUCAAUGAGACGGGUGUUGACGUCCGGGGGUACUUUGCGUGGUCGUUCAUCGACAACUACGAGUGGGCGUGCGGCUACACCAAGCGCUUCGGUCUCCACUGGGUCAACUACGAGACGAUGGAGCGCAUCCCGAAAGCGUCGGCCAUCUGGUUCAGCCACGUCAUGCGCGCCAACGGACUCGGCAGCCGGGACGACGGGUCGGCCAUGCCAGCGUGUUGCGCCCUCUCAGAAUAG